AUGGGAUCGAACAAGACGGUUCUUCCGGAAAACAAGUUCUCAGGAGAGGAGGAUAUUCGAGAAUUUCUACGCGAUUUUGAAAUAUUUGUUGCUGUGAAGGAAUGGUCGGAUGUGAAAGCUGGGCAAUAUUUGGCAGUGUUUUUGAAACUAAAUUGAAAGAUGAUGCGAAGGCAUUUUGUCAUCAACAAUAAUCGGACACGGUAAGGAAGAGUUACAAAGAGCUUUCACAGGCUUUGAAAGAGAGAUACGAGGGGGAACUUGGCGUUGUUAAAGUAUAAGAAAGAAUUUAAUGCCAGAAAUAGAAAGGACGGUGAGACAUUACAGUCUUAUUUGUCGGAUUUGAGAUUGUCGUACGAAAGAGCAUACAGCCUACCUAUAGUAGAUCCAUUGCCUGUGGAUGCAAAUGCAGAUCGGAAAAUAGAGCAUGCCCAGCAAGAAAGAGCUUUAGUUUUUUUCAACAGAAGAAAAGAUGUCGAUAUAUUAUGCCAAUUUGUAAAUGGAUUGGGGAAAGAGCUGAGAGAAGUUUUGAUACGUCAAGAUAAUUUACUCAAGAAAUCUGUGGAAAGCGUCCUUAAGCAAAUAUCCACCUUGGAGGAAGAACAAGGUGUUACCAGAAAAAUUUCUGCUGCACAGAGAGCAGGAAAACUGCAGAGUCAUGUGGACGGUGCACAAAAUGUAGAAGAAGUGGCACAACAACAACCCAGUCUGGAAAACAAAUUAGAUUAA